AGAAAAGAAUGUAACGUUCCAUGUUCUUUGAUAUGCCUGCGAGGAAUCAUUUCAUUUUACUAUCAGCGAUUCUGAUGGGAACAGGCAGUACGAAUUUGAGAUAUACCAACCUGAGGUCUGCGUGCAUCGGCCGCAGACCAAUCAUUUCAAGAAACGGCGCUAUACACUUCGAAGCGUCUACGAUGAGAUCUAGGAGUUAUCACCGUAGAAUAAGCGAAGAUGUUCUACUAUCAAAGUCGCAGUCGUUCCCAAGCAAACUUAGCUACGAUCAGUGCUUCGUCUUCGGCGUUCCCAAGAUUGACUUGGAUCAUUUCGGGUACCCGCACGUACGCUCUAUUAAGCUGGAAUGGGACUCUGUCAAUCUAGCCAAGCAGUAAUAAGGUAUGAUCAUGACCGUGAACAGUUACUAAAACGAUCUUGAACAACACACUUCCUUCAACCUUGCGAGUUAAUUUGCAAUGAUCACUCAGUAUGUUACACAGCCCAUAUUAUUCACAUGAACUUGAACAUACCAGACAUAUGUUGUAGUGAAUACAAACUGGAAAUUGAAA